GGCUGGCUGCGCCCCACCGGCGCCCGCCUUUAACUCUCCCCCGCCUCCGUUACCGUCUUCCCCCUUCCCACCUCCUCCCCACCCCCGCUGCGCUGCUCAUCCGUCGACCCGGGACGAGCCCUCGCCGAUUCGAUUUCGUAUGAUUUGAUUUGAUUGCAGCGCGCAACAGGGAGGGGAUCUCUCUGGACCUUCGUCGUUGGGCGGCGGCUCGGCGGUUCCUCGAUUUGAGAGCUCCGGAUUUCUUGGACCUGCGUAGGUAGAAGAAGCAACGCUCCAUUUUCCUCUCGGCCGCCGGAUGGACGCGAGGGAGGUGUGAAGCCUGGUCGCUAACUGAUGCUCGUGGAGAGAUUCGGAGGAGAGGAGCGCGCGGUGCGGAGGCGGUGGAGGCGGAAGCGCCGACGAUUUGGACAGCGCAGCGACGGAAGGGGAGCAGCAGGCGGACGAGGGGCGCGCCGCCAGGAGGACGACGGUUGCCGCCGCCGCCGCCGCCGCCGCCAUGGGCGAGUCGCUGCUCACCGCGCUCUCCAUGGACACCGCAACGGCCCACCACCCGCACCAGGGGCCCAACACCAUCCUCUCCAUGGACACCGCCUCCCACGAAGACUUCGACCUCUACCUCCAGCCACAGGGGCCCUUCCGCCGCUGCCUGCAUGCCGCGGCGGUCGUCCCCCCUGACAUCAACCUCCCCCUCGCCGCUGACCCUUCUCCGCCCCCUCCGGCGCUGCAGGACUGCAACGUCGACAUGCUAGACGUCGGCCUCGGCGGCCCGCAGCAGUACGACUCGGAUUCGCCUGCUGCCGCCGUGCCCGUCUCGGCCCCGCCAGCGGCCACGACUGCCACGGUCGCCGUGGCGCACACCAAGGGCUCCGGUUCCAGCGCCGCACGCAAGUGCGUCAAGAGGAACGAUAGUAUCUGGGGGGCGUGGUUCUUCUUCACCCACUACUUCAAGCCGGUCAUGUCCGCCGACAAGGGUGGCAAGGCGAAGUCAGCCACUGCCGGCGGGAACGGUAAUAGUGCCACACUGGAUGCAUUCCUGGUGCAGCACGACAUGGAGAACAUGUACAUGUGGGUGUUUAAGGAGCGUCCGGAGAAUGCCCUAGGGAAGAUGCAGCUGAGGAGCUUCAUGAAUGGGCACUCGCGCCUUGGGGAACCACAGUUCCCUUUCAGCGCAGAUAAAGGGUUUGUGCGCUCGCACCGAAUGCAGCGCAAGCAUUAUCGUGGGCUCUCGAACCCACAGUGUCUUCAUGGGAUUGAGAUCGUCAGGGCGCCAAACAUGACAGGUGUACCUGAGGCUCAUAUGAAGAGGUGGAUGGAGCUCACUGGGAGGGAUGCCAAUUUCUCGAUCCCAACCGAGGCGAGUGAUUUUGAGUCGUGGAGGAAUUUGCCAACCACAGACUUUGAGCUUGAGAGAGCAGCAAGUACUGCUCCUGCAAAGAGCAGCUCACAUGGGCACCACAAGAAGUUGCUGAAUGGUUCUGGGCUUAACCUCUCGACACAGCCAUCCAAUCAUAGUUCUGGGGAUGGUAUGGAAAUCACUGCCACUUGCAACAAGCGCAGGAAGGAUUCCUCACCUGUUGCCAUGGAAGAGGACUGCAGCAAUUCAAAUUCAGACAAGGCCCAUGACAUGGAUGUGAGCCACACUUUUGAGCCAUCAUGGAUCAAUGACUUCACUGGUGUGAUGCGCCAUGCUUCUGGGCCAGUUACUGCUGCAAAAACAAUAUAUGAGGAUAGCAAGGGCUACUUGAUCAUCAUUAGCCUGCCUUUCUCUGAUUUUCAGAAGGUGAAGGUUUCCUGGAAGAAUACUCUUACAAAUGGUAUUGUUAAGGUAUCAUGCACUAGUGUUGGUCGAAUGCCAUUCCUGAAAAGACAUGAUCGAACUUUCAAGCUGGCUGAUCCUUCCCCUGAGCAUUGUCCACCCGGAGAGUUUGUCCGGGAAAUUCCACUGCCUACCCGGAUCCCUGAAGACGCCACUUUGGAAGCAUACCGUGAUGAAACAGGGACAGGCCUAGAGAUUAUUGUCCCUAAAUUCCGUGUUGGCCCUGAAGAACAUGAAGUGCAUGUGUCCAUGAGGCCACCCUCGUCAUGGUGCCAAUGAAGACAUGUUCAAGGUGUGUGGUAGAUGUUCUUGUAGCAGCUAGGAGUCCAUUCUUGUUAGCUGCUCUUCGCUGAUGUUUUGUUGUCUGCUAACCCUCUAGCUUACGAGGAGACAUUUGGUGUGGAGGUUCCCUAUUGUGACCAUAAGACUACUGUACAACAGCCCAGCACAGUUUUGCUAAUUUUGAUGGGAAACAAUCCUAGUUGAUUGAAGCAUUCUGGUAGUUGGCAAUUGCAGCAUCUGGAACAUUUUUAGGAAUAUGCUACAGGUCACAAGGACCAUGUCUGCAUUACUUAGCUCUUGGUUUCAAUAUGUUUGUUUGGGGAUACCUUGUGUAUUGUCUUUGGUUUAGUUGUAACUUUUGUUUGUGUCAAAAGAUUGGUUGUCUGCUCGAUGUGCUUAAAUGUGUGCAUCACCGACAUGAGCAAUCUGUUUGUUUUAUAGAAUGGCUCCUGGAUAACUGUAUAGGGCAUUUAUAGUCAUUUGCCAUAGAUUGUGACAGGUUUGCUUUGUGGGCAUUGUUGGAAAAAUCAUCUCAAAUUGAUGGAAAUUAGGAAAUGGAGUACAUGUCAGUGAAUUUAGGAUUUGCCAAUGUUCCAUGGGAAUUAGUGUCAUUGUAGCAUUUUGUGAACGUUUUCCAGGAAUUUCUCGAAGACUAGUGUAAUCUAUUGGAAAAUGUAUCUUCUCUGCUAUCAAUAUAGUAGUGGUCAUUGUCUUAUCAA